CAGUCUGGCUGCGAGUUUCUCUGAGUUCAUCAGAUUCCGUUAAACAGACUCUGAUCCCGCAUCCAAACUCCGUUCUCCUCCUGCGUAGUUGGCGCGAGUCGGGACGGGACUCCGUUGUCGCGCGCAUCCGACAGACCCCAAACACCAACAGAAGACUCCGGACCAGAGGAACGGAAGGAACGGAACGAAUGGUCGUCAUGAGAACCACAACGGUCGCCCUCCUCGCCGUGGCCGUGCUCUCUCUGACGGUGAAUGGACUACACCCCAGCUGUAAUUUCUACCAGGAGCUGAAGAGGGAAGAGGACGCCUGCCGCACUCGUCUGAGAGAGGAGCGGAGACAAGAACCCAGAGGUCCCAGGUGCAAAGGAUUCUGGGAUAGCAUUUUGUGUUGGGGUCGUGCAGAUGUCGGUCAGAGGGUCACCAUGCCCUGCCCCUCUGUGCUCCAGAGCCUCUUCAACACACACGGUUUCAUCAGUAGGAACUGUUCAGCGGAGGGCUGGACUGAUGUCUUUCCCAACAUCACCAGUGUGUGUGGGGCUGACGCCCAGCAGGACAAGGUGAGUCUGGUGUUCUACAAGGUGGUGAGGAUUCUCUACACACUGGGCCACAGUCUCUCUCUGGUUGCCCUGACAACCGGCAGUGCCAUCCUCUGUCUGUUCAGGCGACUCCAUUGCACCAGGAACUUCAUCCAUGUGAAUCUCUUCCUGUCCUUCAUGCUGAGAGCAGCUGCUGUGUUAGUGAAGGACCACGUGCUCUUCACACACCAGACACACUGCAGCGAGCCUGGAUCACUGGUAGGCUGUAAGGCCAGUCUGGUGGUGUUCCAUUACUUCAUCAUGGCAAACUUCUCCUGGCUGCUGGUGGAGGGACUCUACCUACACACACUCCUCAUGUUGAUGUCACGCACACACCUCACACACUACCUGCUCAUCGGCUGGGGUGUACCAGCUGUGUUUGUUUGUGCCUGGACCUUCACAAGGGCUUACCUGGAGGACACAGGGUGCUGGGAGAGAAAUGACCAUCUUGUUCCUCUCUGGGUGAUCAAUGGACCCAUUGGCUUCUCAAUUAUGGUGAACUUUAUUCUGUUCAUCAGCAUUAUCCGUGUUCUGGUCCAGAAGCUCCGAUGCCCAGACGUGGGCGGAGGCGAACACUCACAGUACAGGCGACUGGCAAAGUCCACGCUGUUGUUAAUUCCGCUGUUUGGGAUCCACUACGUGGUGUUCGUCUCUUUGAACGAGUCCAUGGCCGACUACAAGAUCUUCUUUGACCUGGCCAUCGGGUCCUUCCAGGGUUUGGUGGUGGCCAUCUUGUAUUGUUUCUUGAACACUGAGGUGCAGGGCGAGCUGAAGAGGAAGUGGAGGAGCGUCUGUCUGAGCGAACCCCAACACACGCUCUCCCAUAAUGCAUCAGUGCGCAGCAGCCAAUCAGCUGCACGCCAGCGAGCACAGUCACUACAACAGAGCGAGACCACUGGGUUCUGAGAGAGGGGGGGAGGGAAGGAAGGAGAGGGAGGGA